GCAAUCGCCAGACGACUAAAGUGCAUUAGUGCGACGCCAGAUUUGACAAAGCAUGCACUUCUUAAUCGUUACACGCGCUAUUUCAACCCACCAUUUAGAUAUUCUCAACCAAAAGAAGUUCAUAUGUCAGCUCACAUGGAUGUUGGAAACAGCAUGCCAUAUUCAAAUCACUUUAAGAAAAGGUCAGUAAGCAUUACCGAUCGCUUAAUUCCUGGCUGUAAACCUUCAAAAAUCUACUCUUAUGAUUCUUCAUGCCAAUUGGCAGCCAACACUUAUCCAAAAAAUUCGUGGCACAAAAGUGGAAGUCAAAUUAAACAUCACGAUGCCAGAACUCCCAGCACUACAAGCCUAAAAGCAUCUGCUUUUGUUAAGAAGAGCAGCUUCCAGCAUGGGCCAGAUUUACUUGUUCGAUGUUCUAAUUCAUCCCAAACAAAUGAAUUUGUGCUUGAUAGACAGAAAACUUCUGAGGAAGCGCAUUCUGGGUUUACUCAAAUUAAGCAGAAUACCUCUGCUUCAAGGUCUGCGCAGAAAAAUAAGCUUUUCGAGAAAGAAUUAUAUGCUAAAGUCAGGUCGACUGGUUGCCAGAAUCAAGAACUGAGGGCGAAGGGUUGCGAGGUACCAAUAUCUGUAGAUCUGAGAUCCGACCUUCUAGGCAAGGUGAUUGAACCCCAGUCGCAGCUCUCUGAAGAGUCUAUGACACAGUCAAAGACCGUCUUGGUGCCAGAACGAGAGGCAGCUGAGACACAGAUAGAUAAUGAAUGUCACAAGAUAUGGAAUAAUGACUAUGGCGAAUAUGAAAUAACCUCAGACUCAGAAAGCUAUUCCGAUCGCAAGGGGAAAAAGUUAUUUGCAAUGAAGUCAAAUCGAAUCCACUUAAUUCACACGUCAGUAGCCAAUUCUUCAACUGAGACAGCUAAAGACCAGAUGAGUGUGCGCCAACUUAACAAGUCAGCAGUUAAGGCGAUGCAUAGCGGAAAAGAAUUAGACUAUACAGAGAUGGCGAACACCGUUCAUUCCAUUUCUCAAAGGAUGCUGCAUAUUACUGGUGAUUCCGCUUCAAUCCAAGAGUCUAAGAUAUCAACAUUUGAUUAA